AUGGCCGGGACAGCAGGGCGCAUCAAGAGCACCCAACUAUGCCAGACGUGUGCCAAGCUUAAAAACGCCUGCCAAACAUGCGUCCUCGACCUGCAGUACGGACUGCCGGUGGAGGUGCGUGACAAGUUCCUCGCUGAGGAGGACAGGCUGGAAGUACCCGGCAGCGACGCUAACCGCGAGUUCAUGACGCAGGUGCACGAGAAGCAGCUGGCGGAGGGCGGCAACCCCUACAGCAACAAGCCCCUAAACCAGAAGGUGAGCGUAUUCGGGCUGGCAGGGUCGUCGUUGAAGAGUUUUGCGGUGGGGGAUUCGUCGUCGUGCUCGUGGUCGUGA